AUGGCUCGGGAUAUGUCAGACAUUGACAUCCUUAAGAUGGAGCUGGAACAGCUGAAGAAAGAAGUCUCGACACCCAGGGAGCCUGUGUCCAAGACAUCCAAGGAGACCAUGGACUGGUGUGAGGCUGCGUCUGGUACCGACCUCCUGAUAACAGGAGUACCAGAUGAUAAGAACCCCUAUAAGCCUGAGAAGGGAGGCUGCAUAAUCACCUAG